UGUGUUCUUUUUGCCAUUAUGAUAACAUUACAUGACACAUACUUGCUUGCAGAAAUUGCUGUGAGUCCUAACAACACUGUGGUAAACAUCUAUGAGAAGAAAGGCGAAGACUGGGUUAAGAUCCACGAGCUGACUGAGCACAGUGGACAAAUCACAGGUAUUGAUUGGGCACCGGUGUCCAACCGUAUUGUGACCUGUGCCUCUGAUCGGAAUGCCUAUGUGUGGACACUAAAAGAUGGUGUGUGGAAGCCCACACUGGUCCUGGUGCGCAUCAACCGUGCAGCCACCUGUGUGAAAUGGUCCCCACAGGAGAACAAGUUUGCUCUGGGCAGUGGAGCUCGGCUUAUCUCUGUCUGCUACUUUGAGAAGGAGAAUGACUGGUGGCUGAGCAAGCACAUUAAGAAGUCCAUCCGUUCCACAGUUCUGAGUCUGGACUGGCAUCCCAACAACGUCCUGCUGGCAGCUGGCUCUGCAGAUCUUCACUGUAGAGUUUUCUCAGCCUACAUCAAGGACAUCGAGGACAAGCCCGGCCCCACACCUUGGGGGGCCAAGAUGCCUUUUGGGGAGUUGCUGCUGGAGCAUAAAGACUGUGGUGGGUGGGUGCACAGCGUCUCCUUCUCCGCUAGUGGGGACCAGUUGGCCUGGGUGGCCCACAACAGCAGCAUCACUGUGAUUGAUGCUGCACAGGGGAAGGAGGUAACCCAGCUGACCACAGAGCUUCUGCCGCUGCUGAGCGUCCUUUUUGUCAGCCCUACGGAGAUUGUUGCUGCGGGCCACGGUUGUUGCCCCUACCAGUUCUCCUAUAGAGGUCCAGGUGCCCUGGAGUUUGUGAAGAAGCUGGAUGUCCCAAAGCAGACAUCCAAAGGCAGUUUGUCAGCCAUGCAGCACUUCCGCAACUUGGACAAGAAGGCCACUGAGGAGGACAGCAACGAAGUAGAAGCUCUUCAUCAGAACAGCAUAAUGCAGCUGUGUAUUGUAUCAGGGGUGGAAGCCAAAGUGGAGAGCUACAGCAGUGUAGGUCUGGAUGGAGCCAUGGUAAUCUGGGACUUUAAGCACUGAAUCAACACAGCUUUCAUUAUUUCUGAAGCAUCAACAAAACCAAAUAGAUUAUUUCCUACAAACAGACCAUCUGCUUGUUCAUUGUUGUUGCUUUGAAGAACUGGAAAACACCAGGA